AUGGUGCGGUACGCCAAACGACCGUGGUACUCGCCACUUGGCUUUAUGAGUCAUUCCCCUCAGUCGUACGCCCCGCUCUUGAUGGUUGUUGGUGUAACUGCGACUUUCCCGCUACGCUACAAAAUUUCGGAUUACUUUGAGCGGCAGCGGGAUGGUCCACACGUAGAGCUUCGAAGGAAGGCAGUGCUGUACUACAACGAGGUCGAACGCAUGCAUCGCAGACAGGCACUACAGAAUCAGGCAAAUGUUAAGGAUGACGACUCCUCUCACCGUAUAUCGUCCACAUUACAAGCGGAGGCGCUUCGCUUGGGCCACAUGGAUCAAGAAUACAAUUACUGGCACGCCCAUCAGCGCGAUGCCCUGCGCGCGGAAAAACUCCUAGCUGAGGUAAGAGAGUUGCAGGAGCGUUUGAACAGCGCUCAGAUGGAACAAUUAGCAGAAGCUUAG